AUGGCAUAUGGUACUGCUGCAAUCCAUUUCAAGAACGGCACCACUCGGGACCUUAUUAAAGUCGAUGGCACACAGGAGUAUCUGUCAGCAAUGAGGACGAUUGCAGAUGAUGCACAAAAUGUCCGAAACGGCAUGAACUCAUCAAUGAAGAAAAUCUGGGUUCCUAUUACUACAGAGCGUCGGAGAGUCAAUUGGCGGUCGCCUUGGGAAUGGUACCGCUUUAUUGCAGGCAAACUAGCCCAGCUUAUAAACCCACCUUCAGUACCAAUCGCGGAGUUACCUGAUGACUGGGUCUAUACUAUAGCUGCAAUGCUGUCUACAAUAAAGUUGGCUGCCCUGGACACCCUCGUCCCUCCGUUGCAAUAUAACUAUGUGCUUCUGACAUGGCCUGACUUUGAGGCUGAUACCGGCCAUAUCUAUAAAGGUCGCUUUGAACUUGCAUGUCGCCUAGCAGGUCUAGAAGAUUUAGGCCGGAGCAACAUAGCUUCAUACUACGCUUUGAGAAAUAGAGGGACUCAUGGGUCAGAUCAUCCUGCCAUGCUUGUAAUCAGCUAUAACGCCGCCAGUCUUGGGAUCACCCUCAACACUCUCCUUGAUGAAGAUGAAGCCUUCCCAUGGCCUUUGCGCCUUGUUGAGGAUAGCGACCACGCAGCGGAACAUGCAUUACUCCAAAAAGACCCUGCAAAAUACUGGCAUGAAGUUCGGGACCUACUGCGAAUGGUAAUUGGGAAUGAGACUGUUGAUUACCAUCUUCUAGGCUCCCAUGCACGUGAUCAUGGCUUGUUCCAGGCUGUCAAGGAUGUCUUGGAGGGUCAACCAGACGCCAAUCUAUCUAUUCUAGACAGGUAUGAUCCAGCUAUUCCCCAUGAGAAUCAGGAUAAGGACGAACCGCUGUUCACUCUAGCAAGGAAAGCAAGCAGGGCUGCUAGACAUGGCAUGGAGACUGGUUUCCAUGUAUGCAUUGAGCUACCAUCUUGUAUUGUAUCGGAUGAGGAGGACGAGCAUUCUGAGUUGUAA